AUGAGGGAUAAAGAAGACCAUCCAAAUGUUCAAAAAAAUAAAUUUUCGUAUGAUGGAUAUGAUGAUAAAUAUUCAUAUGAUUUGAAUUAUUAUAAUAAAUUAAACAAUAUGAUGACAGAUAUAAAAACCAAAAAGAAAAAAUAUAUCCCACCAUCAAGUAAUUCUCCCCACGUUGUUAAUAAUAAAAAUGAUAACACAUACACAAAGCAUAACUAUAAUAAUAAGGAUGAAUAUAUAUCCGGAUACGAUAUAAAAUAUAAUAACCAUGGUGAUAAAUAUGGUAGUAAUACGACAUACCAUAAUAAUAAUAGUAAUAAUAAUAGUGAUAAUAAUAAUAAUAAUAAUAUUAAUCAUAAUAAUAAUAUGUACAACCCAAAUUAUUAUUGUACUAAUUAUGAAGAUAUGUGCUAUAACAAUGUAUCAAGCAUUCAAAAUAAAGUAAACAUUUCAAAAAACGAUAAUGAUGAAAUUUGUGGAAAUUUAAAUGAUAAGCAUGUGAAUGAUUUUAUAAAUGUAGAUAUUCUAAAUGAAGAAGAAAAAAAAAUGUUAGAGAGAAUAUUUAAUGAUUGCGAAGAGUGUCAAGAAAUAACAAUAUUAAAUAAUAUGAAAGAAUGUAUUUUAAAUAUGUGUAAUUAUAAUUUUAAUAGUUGUAAAAUAAUAUCUUUAUUAUUUUAUAAUAGGAUAUUAAAAUGUGUAAUUUUUAAAAACAAAAUGAAUUUAAUACAUUCUUAUGAUGAAUUGUUAAAAUAUUUAAUAGUAAAUAAUAAAAUGAAUAUAUUAAAAGAAUUUAAAAAAUAUAUGAACUUAAUAAUACAAGAUGGUUAUACAUGUGCGUAUUAUAAAGAUAAAAAUAUAAUAAAUCAUUUAUUACAAAUGGUUCAUGUAUGGAAAAAGCUCUUAAUAAAUGAUAUGCAAGAAACGAAAGAAUUAUUAAAUAUAUUUCAUUAUGAUAAUAGAACAGAUGAAAAUAUAAAAAAUUAUGAGGGGCCACUUUAUAAUAAUAAUCAUAAUAAUCGUAAUCAUAAUUAUUAUAAUAAUUAUUAUUUAUAUACAAAUUAUCAAAAGCAUAAAAACAAUAAAAUACCCCCCCCUCCGAGUGGUCCUCCUCCAAAUAACAUAAAAUAUAAUAAUCUACAUCCUAACAACUUUAGUCCUCCUCCACCUCCUCCAGGUACCUUACAAACGUUUAACACAAAUAAUUCUUUUAAAGGUUUAAGUUCAUAUGAUAAUAAUAGACAAGAACAUAUAGAUGAUUUUAAACAUAACUUUAAUAAUUCUAACUUGAACGUAAAUUAUUCUAUGGCAUAUAAAGAUACAUGGAAGAAUCCAGAAAAUAUUACGGUUGGUUUUUUAGCUACAAUAUUAAAAGUUAUAUCUAAAAAAGUAAAGAAAUUACAAAAUCCCUUAAUACCUUAUACACCUAUCGAUACAUCUUAUGCUUAUCAAACUCCACCUUCUGUUAAUGUGUCACACAAAAUGAAUGAAAAAAUUGACGAAUUUUAUGACGAGUUAUCUUUUAUAUUAAAUAAUGAGGAGGUGCAAAGUACAGAUAUAUCGGAUACGAAUGAUAUAAAUGAUGUAUAUGAAAGUUAUAAAAAAUUAACAGGUGAACACAAAAAAGGAAAAAAAAAAAAAAAUACAAAACUUAGAGAUAAUAAUAAUGAUAAUAAUCAUAAUGAAAAAGAAAAUGAUAACACUGAUAAUAAUAUAAAGGAUAAUAAUUUCGAAUACGAAAUAAAAAAAGAUGAAAACGAUUUCUCCAGUGAUACCAAUACAACCUUUUCAUCUUUAGAAAUAUUAGAUGAUAACAUGCUUGAUCUGUUGGUAGAUACAAACAAAUUGUGUAAAAAUAAAAAAAGAAAAAAAAGUAAAAAUGUUAAUUUUAAUCAAAUAGCUAUAGAAAAUUCACAAAAUUGGAGUGAAACACAAAAUUAUAAUUCAUUAACUUAUAUGGAUAUUUAUUCAGCUGGUAAUAAUACAAAUGAUGUUUUUGAAAAUUACAGAAGAAAUAAAGCUUAUGUAUAUCAUGAGACCAUAGCUCAAAAAUUUUAUGACCUCAAAUUUAAGGAUACUUAA